GUCUUGCAACACGAGGCCUUCCACUCAUCUUUCUUGCUCGAACGCCUGUGGGAAUCUCUGCACCCGAAUCUCAACUAAAAUGGCUGGAGAUCGAAAUGGUGAGCUGCCUGAUAAGAGAGGAAGUUCCGAUAGAGACGGUGACAGCGGCGGAGGAGGAGGAGAAGAAGAGAACGGAGCCCCGUCGAAGAGAACUUCUGGUAGGACUUCCGAAAAGGGUCAUGGAAUUUCGGGCUCCGAAGUGGACGAGGGACGAAAACGCAACAAAUUAAGAAGAAAAUCGCGAGACAGUUCGGAUUCCGAUGACAAGAAACGCGGGAGGAGCUCGAGAAGAAAGGGGAAAUCCCGUAGACGAUACAGUAGUGAGGAGGAUUCUGAUUCCGAGGAUGCUGAAUUUGAAAGCUCGGAGUAUGACUCGGAUUCGGAGAACUCCGACGCGGAAUCUGCGUCGAGUAGUUCGGGUUCGGAAGGCGAUAGCGAGAGCGAGGAGGAGAGGAGGAGGAGGAAGAGGAGGGAGAGGAGGAGGAGAAGAGAAAAGGAGGAAAGAGAGCGGAAGAGGAGGAAAAAGGAGAAGGAGAAGAAGAAGAGGAAAAAGGAGAGGGAGGAAGAGAAACGAAGGAAGGAGAAGAAAAAGGAGAAGAAGGAACGGGGAAAGAAGGGGGCAGUCACGAAUUCGUGGGGAAAGUAUGGGAUUAUCAAAGAAACUGAUAUGUGGAACAAGCGACCAGAGUUCACUGCAUGGUUGGCUGAAAUCAAAAAGGUGAACUUGGAAAGCCUAGCUAAUUGGGAAGAGAAGCAAAUGUUUAAGGAAUUCAUGGAGGACCAUAAUACGGCCACUUUUCCAUCUAAAAAGUACUACAACCUUGAUGCUUAUUACCAGCAUAAAAUGCUAAAAGAUAUGAAGAAGGGCCACAAAAAGCUUUCGGCAGGGGAACGCACUGUGUUUGAUGAUGAAGAACAGAGGAGGCAAGAACUACUUCGAGAACGUGAAAAACACAAGGAAGAACAAGUGGAAGCCUUAAAGCGCUCUAUGCAGACUGGAAUGGCACAAGCAAUGAAAGAACAAGCUCGCCUCCGAGAGGAGAUGGCGUAUCAGUAUAAGCUUGGUAACUUUGAGGCUGCAGCUGCCAUCCAGCGAAGAUUGGACCCAGAUGUUGCCCUGUGAGAGAAGAGACUGUAUUUUGCGCGAUUAUCUCGUGUUUGGUACUUACACGGUUCAACCCUACAAGAACUUCAAAGUUACGAACUAAGGGAAACUCUCCAAUCCAAUCAUUUCUGGCAACCAUUGUAAUUUUGUAGCAGCCCAUGAUAGUACAUGAAUGGUUUUGAGUUGUUUUUCUUUUGGAAUAGCAUAAAGUCAUUUCGUUUUCCAUGGUGUAAAAAACAGUCUCCUUUCUUGAAUUAAUCGUAGUUUUAUUUAGCAUUCC